GCCCUCAUGGCGGUUGCCCAAACAGCGCGGGGGCGGGGGGCGGGCCCCGCCGCUGCCAGUUCGCCGCUUCAAUAAUUAAUGCAGCGUCGGAAUUGGGGCGUGGUGGGCUUGCCAUUUCUGAUUUCUGCACCUGCUUCUGCCACAUGGCCGUCGUCGUAACCUCCUUCUCCUCCUCCUAAAGCUAGCUAGCUAGCUAGUACUCGUGUACCUGCAAGUGUUAUAUAGUAGGAGUAGCACCUCCUCCACCAAUCGCGCGCACACACACACCCAGCUUAGCUCAGCUCAGGUAGCUAUAGCUAGAGAGCUGGACGACCCUCGCGCGACCUCAGAUAGAUUUUUAAUGGAGGCGCCAGCAGCGCCACCUCCGUCGUACGACGGCGGCGGCGGCGGCGGCUACGUCCUCGUCGACCUGUCCCUGACGCUGGGCCCGACCGCGACGCCACACCCUGCCUCCUCCUCCUCUCCUGAGCCUGACCACACACCAGCCGCCGCCGCCGCCGGUUCCAGUUCCGCCGGCGUGCGGCUGUUCCCGUGCCUCUUCUGCAACAAGAAGUUCCUCAAGUCGCAGGCGCUCGGCGGCCACCAGAACGCGCACAAGAAGGAGAGGAGCGUGGGGUGGAACGCCCACCUCUACCUCCCGCCGCCGGCCGCGGACACGGCGUCGGCGUCGGUCGCCGGCGGCGCCGCCGCUCGUGCCGCGACGACGCCCGUCGGCAGCAGCCACGCGCUGCCGAUGAUCCAGGCCGUCUCGCACUCGUGCCACCACCAUGAGCACCACCACCGGGACGGCGGCGCGGCGGCGCCGUUGUUGGAGACGGCGUGGUGGUCGUCGUGCGCGGAGGAGAAACAGCAGAGGCACCCCGUUGACCUCAAUCUCAGGCUCUAGCUGCUAGCGCUGUCAUAUCCCCUGCUUGUGUGCGUAAUAUAUAAAUCCUGAAGGAGUACGUAACGUACCGUACGUGCUGUCGAGGUAGGGUGAGGCGUCUCGGUGUGCCUGUGCAAAAGCGUGCGAGGCCCAUGGGCCAUGGCCCAGCAUUCUAUGAUUAUGUGUCGUCGCAACGAGCACGCACACUUUAUAGUUUUAUGGUGCCAAUUAUAUGCCUCUUUAUUUCA